GUAAUAAGAUUAGGGAGAAUCAAUUCGUUGUGAACAAGAGUUGGAGAUCAUAUCUACACGGUGGUGAUUGUUACAAUAUGGUUGAGGUUGCAGGAGAAUUGAAGUUAGAACCCAUAGGGAAUAUUGACGUGAAGAUACUAAAUUUUUUGGGCAUCUCCAGCUUUGGAUCCAACGGAAGCUCAACUGUUACGCUUUCAGGCUUCUUCUUAACUAGAAGGAAGCUUCCUUUACAGGGAUGUCAUGAACAACAUAUAUUUUACGCUUAUCUUCCGGGAAGCAAGAUUCCAGCUUGGUUUAGUCUUAAAAAUACAGGAUCAUCAAUAUCUGUUACUGUGCCAUCGAAUUUCAGAAUUCAAGCCUUGAGUGUGUGUUCUAUGUAUGCACUUUGCAAUAAUCCAAUACGUCGUAGAUUUAAUUUUAGCGCACAUACUAUUAUCAGUAAUAUGACCAAGAGUUUGAUAUGGAGUCAUUGUCCGAAAGUCUUUGGCAUUCCAGAAGCUGAUGAGGAUAUGAUGUGGUUAAGUUAUUGGAAGUUUGAAAAUCAGCUGGGAGGUGGGGAUGAACUGAAUAUUUCUGUGGUUGGAGAUAAAUCUUUUCAAGUGAAGGAGGUCGGAGUCCAUCUUGUGUACAAGGAGCAAGAAGAGAAGAGUAGCCAAUCAACUAGUGAAGAAGCAUCCCAAUUACAAUUCUCUCUCUAUGGAAAUGUCUGCUCCGUUUAG